AUGGGACACAAAUUUGAAGACAUCGGAGAAAUAAAGAACGAAUACAUGCUUAAUUGCGAGCCAGGAGAAAUUCAAGCAAGCAAACUGGAAGAGGUACCUCCGUAUGACAGUGAAAACGAAAACGCGUUAAAUAGUGAUCAUGUGGGUGCUUCGGAACUCAUAUACUGUGAAGAAGCCUCCACGCUGGAUCAGUUAAAUGAGGAACCUUCCAAAGACAACUUGGAAGUCCAAAUGUGGAAAUGUGACACAUGCAGUUACGAAACGAAACGUAAAAAUCACCUAAAAGUGCAUCAGUUAUCACACAAAGACCCUUCAGAAAUCCAAAUGCACAAAUGUGGUCUGUGCGCUUUCGAAACAAAAUAUAAACAUUGUCUGAAAUACCACCAGUUAACGCAUAAAGAUCCCUCGGAAAUCCACAUGUACAAGUGUCACAUUUGUACCUUUGAAACUAAGCAUAGGCACCGCCUGAGACGUCACCAGUUAACACACAAAGACCGUUCGGAAAUCGAAAUGUACAAAUGUGAUACUUGUGAUUUUGAAACUAAGUACAAGGGACAAAUCAAGGUGCAUCAGUUGUUGCACAAAGACUCGUCGGAAAUCCAAAUGUACAAAUGUAGCACUUGUACUUACGAGGCGAAAAGCGAGAGGUAUCUGAAAGACCAUCAGUUGACGCACAAAGACCCUUCGGAGGUCCGCAUGUACAAGUGUGACACGUGCAGUUUUCAGACUAAACGUAAGAGCCACCUAAAAACGCACCAAUUAAUACACAAAGACACCUCAGAACUCCAGAUGUACAAAUGCAACACUUGCACGUACGAAACUAAAUAUAAGGGCACUCUAAAGUCCCAUCAGUUAAUCCACAAGGACCCUUCGGAAAUCCAAAUGUACAAGUGUGAUAUAUGCAGUUUUGAGACGAGGUACAAGAAGGGUUUCAGCAAUCACCAAUUAACGCACGGGUGUCCUACCACAUCUCAAAAGUCGGAAUGCGAUCCCUCGGUAUAUAACCGUUCCUUGGACAUCCAGAUAUACAAAUGUAACGAUUGCGUGUACGAAACCAGGCAUAAAGACAAUUUGAGAGUUCACGUACUGAGGCACCAAGAUCCCUCGAAAGUGCCGAUGUACAAGUGUGACAAAUGCGUUUUCCAAACAAAGCACAAACGGAGUAUAACUAGGCACGAGUUGACACACAAAAACUCUGUAGUAGCGUAA